ACCCUCACAAAGUGGCAAUGUUUAACUCUGUGGGACUGAGCCUCGUGGUGCUGCUGUCGGCGCUGGCCGCAGCCACAGAAGAGAGCAGAGUGGAGCAUGACUACUACAAAUACCAUCCCAUGCCAGAGAUCAGCGACUGGAUGGUCCAGACUGCGAAGGCUCACCCUGACGUCGUGACCAUAGUUGAAUACGGACAGACCUAUGAGAAGAGGGUCAUUAGCUUACUCAAGAUCGGCCUGAAGACUGAAGCGAAAAAGAAGGCAAUCUGGAUGGACUGCGGUAUACACGCCAGGGAAUGGAUCGCCCCGGCCUUCUGCCAGUACUUUGUCAAGCAGAUCCUGGAAACAUACAAAACAAACCCAAAAAUCGAAGAGAUGAUGAAGAACAUGGACUUCUACGUCACCCCUGUGCUCAACAUAGACGGCUACAUCUACUCCUGGAAGGACAACACAACUCGACUGUGGAGGAAGAACAGGUCACCGGGACCUUCAGGCUGCGACUGCCACGGCACUGAUCUCAACCGCAACUUUGACGCCAACUGGGGCACAAUCGGGGUCUCGUUUAACUGCUGCUCACUCAUCUACUGUGGGAGCGAACCCGUGUCUGAGGCCGAGGCCCAGGCCGUCACUUAUUUUGUAGGAAGCCGUAUCGACGAGUUCCUGUGUUUCUUCACCAUCCACUCCUACGGCCAGCUGCUCCUGGUUCCCUACGGACACCCCAACUUCACAGCCUCCAACUACAACGAGCUGAUGGAAGUCGGUUUGGCUGCAGCAGAGGCCAUAAAGAAGGUCCAUGGGAAGCACUACACUGUAGGAGCCUCACCGGACGUACUGUACCCCAACUCUGGUUCAUCCAGAGACUGGGCUCGCAUGCAGGGGAUCCCCUUUGCCUACACCUUUGAGCUGAGAGAUAACGGGACAUAUGGCUUCGAGCUUCCAGAGGAUCAGAUCCAGCCGACCUGUGAGGAGGCCUACAGUGGAGCCCUGCACAUCAUCACCUACGUCCACGACAAGACCUUCAGUGGUGCAGUGGCAACCGCCGCCGCAACCCUGUGGACCAUCCUGUUAGCGGUGGGUGCCACCAGCACCACCCUGAUGUGAGGUGGAAAAACCUGCAUGAAGUCCGCUGAGCAAAACUACUAUUCAGUGUUGGCUUCAAGUUUUAGAGUUCCAGUUUUUAAUAUGCAAAGUUUUUAUCAGCAGAAUCUGCUGCUAAUAGGAUAUGAUAAAUAGUAUGGAAAUAUUUCUUAAUUUAUAAAUGCUAUAACAUGGUUGUAAA